GCCCCGUGUCUUACAAUUCACUUCUUUACUCGAAACAUCACGAACCGAGAGCGGGAAGUGACGUUUGCGGGGAAGUUGGCAGUGCCGCAGUAUACAAGCUCGGUUCGAAGCGGGUAGAUUCGGCCAACCACCACUUACCAUUUACGGAGGGUCAUCGUAUCUGAGAUACAAGGUAUCAGCAGCUGCCACUGAACACGAGUGAGUGGAUUUGAUAAAGUACUGGCUGGAGUGGUGCUUAUACGACUGCUACCUACCUUAUUAAUACUUGCUCCCCCCCUUCUUUCUUCGGGUCGAGAGACCAACUCUUCGAGUUACAUCCAUCAAGCCAGUGUCAAGGCAAGCAGGGCAACAGAAGGAUGUUAAGCCAGCUGAGCUGGGACGCCAUAUCACUAUCCCCGGGCGGAAUCGCCUUGGGUGUGCUGGGGUUACUCUCCGCGGUGACCCUCCUCUACACCCUCUACAACCGCUACCUCCACCCGCUCCACCACCUCCCGGGCCCCCUGCUCGCCUCGCUCACCCCCUGGGUCCAGCUGUACCACGGCCUCCGCGGCGACCGCCACCUCUGGCUACACACACUCCACGCCCAGUACGGCAGCCACGUGCGGGUGGCGCCGAAUUUCGUGUCCGUCAACACCGCGCAAGGGCUGCACGACAUCUACGGCCACGGGAAGCGACUCAAGAAGGCCGACUUCUACAACGCGUUCCCGGCCAUCAAGGGCGUCUACAACACGCACAACGUCAUCGAUAAGACGGCGCACGGCCGCAAGCGCCGCGUCCUGAGCCAGGCGUUUGCCGACCAUGCGUUGAAGAGUAUGGAGGAUGUUAUGCUCUUGCAUGUGCGGCAGCUUUGUAGUGGGUUGGUGGGGAGGCCGCUGCAACAGACUCCAACGGAAGGUGGAGGUGGGGAGAAACAGGGGCCGGCAGUGGUGCAGGAUUUGGGCCGGUGGUUUAGUUAUCUCACGUAUGAUGUGAUGGGGGAGUUAUGUUUUGGGAAGAGCUUUGAUAUGUUGAUUGAGAGUAGCCGGCGGAGGUUGGUCGAGUUGGUGGAUCGCGCGGCGAAUCGGCAUUAUAUCGUGAGUGUGCCCCAGUUUCUUCUGUGCUUUCUGGUGGGUUUGGCUGACAUUGCGGGGGAACACUUCCAGUGUGGUCUGUGGAUGCCGCUCGAUCGAUGGCACCUGGACCAGAUCUUCAUUCAUCGGUUGACCAACGACCGCUGGAACUUUAUCAUGAACUCCCGGGUCGAGGCCACGAAGCGCGCCCAGGAACGCACCCAGGCGGGCCACGACGCCAAACGCGAUUUCUUCUACUACCUGCUGAACGCCCGGGACCCGGAGUCCGGACAGGGGCUGACCACCCCGGAGCUCUGGGGCGAGGCCAACGUCCUGAUGAUCGCGGGCAGCGACACGACGUCGACCACCCUCUCGGCCACGGUGUUCUAUCUGGUGCGCAACCCGCAUGCGAUGGAGCGGCUGAAGGACGAGGUCCGCGGGGCGUUUACUUCUGUCGAGGACAUUGUCUCGGGCAGCCAACUCAACGAGCUGGUGUACUUGAAAGCUUGUCUGGACGAGGCGCUGCGGCUGGCUCCCGCCGUGCCGGGGGCGCCUCCCCGCGAGGUGAUGGAGGGCGGCGCCAUGGUGGACGGGGUGUUCCUGCCUGAGGGGACAGAUUGCGGGACGCCGACCUUCUCUAUCCACCGCCAGGCUGCGUACUACCGUCAACCCGGUGCGUACCUGCCGGAGCGCUGGAUCGAAGGCGCGACGUGUAAGACGGAGUUCGAGUCCUGGGAGACGAGUAAAGAGGAUGUCGAGGUCGCGCGGCGUGCGUUCUGCCCAUUCAGCAUCGGUCCGCGUGGCUGCAUCGGCAAGAGCAUGGCUUUCAUGGAGAUGCGACUGACGAUUGCACGGUUGAUCUUCCUCUUUGAUCUGGCGUUGGCCGACCACCGCGGGGAGGACGCCGGGGGCCACUUGGCGCUGGUGGAUCACUUCACCAGUGCCAAAGAAGGGCCCAAUGUGACUGUACGAGUGCGUACGUAGCUAAGCUGAUGUAGAUUGAGAACACCUAAAGCACAGU